UAAAUAUUGAAUUUAGUGCAAUGCUUCAAUGUAAUAAUAUAAUAUAAUAUUUUAAGUAAUAGUAUUAUGGUUUUUAGAUUUAAAUAUUUUUAUAUAGUUCAAAAUAUGUUCAAUGCUUGUAAGCACUAAAUUGUACUGAGUUGUGAAUAACUGUAAUCUAAAAUCAACACAAUCAUAGGGAUGGAGUAAGAAUCUGUUAAUUCAUAGUGAAGCUACAUAAGCAGUAAGCACCGAACAACAGCUGAAUAUUAAACCAGAAUUCUAGUAUGCCGACGUCUUAAGUUUAUAACCGAUUGUCUCUUUAACGAAUACAAUUAAAACGUCACUUGAUAUGGAAGCUAUUAAAGAAGCGCCCAUCCCAGCAAUGGACAGCUUGACCGCUGCUAUGAAGAACAACAUUGUCCCAAAUCAAGAAUAUUUGUUACAAGGCAGCGUUCUGGACUCAGCUGUUGAGGUUCUGUUGCACAGGUUGCGAGGCCUUUGUGAUAAUGUUGAUUCCGGACCGGAGACAUUCCACGACCACGAAAUGUGUUUUAGCAUAAGAAGUGUAACACCCCAACCGCUCACGCUGAGAGUCAGGAGAGCGAUAGACUAUUUAGACAUGCCAUACCAGCUUCGUUACAUAGGACAGCCCGAACUAGGAGAUAAAUCUAGACCGACGAUCCUACGAAACAGUAUUGAUGUAGCUACUACACCAACAAUAGUAGACUUCCUCACAGAAAUGGGAUUUCGCAUGGAUUUUGAAUACAUUUUACGCGGCUAUAUGUUUCGUAAAGGCAGAAUGAAGAUUACAGUGUCUAAAAUAUUUAAAAUGAUGGUAGUAGGUAAACCUGCUCCGGAGAGUGUCGAUCCAAUAUCCCAGUCAUACCUAGUAGAGUUGAGCGUAUUGGCACCCAGUAAUCAAGAUGCUAUUGCCGAAGAUAUGCGUGUGUUUGCUGAACAACUGAAGCCACUGGUGCACUUGGAAAAAGUUGAUUACAAACGAUUGACACAACCACCGUUGUAAAAAACUAAAUAUUAUUUAAAAAUAAACAAAUAUGAUAUUUAGCUAU